GACCUUUGACAGCCAGCCCAGCCUUUCCCCUGCACAACACGGAAGCAGCAUGGCGUCUAACAGCUCCGAACGGCAGCAGAUUGCACAGCAAAGGUUGAGAAUCAUUGCUGGCCAUUUACAAAAACAAGCAAACAGGGAUCCGGCCCAUGUCUUGGCAAAUGACUGUAAAGGAGAAGCAGCCGACACAAAGCCCGAGAAAAACAGGAAGAUACCGAAACGGAGGCAGGAGAUUAUGAAAUGGAAUGGCUGGGGCUACAGUGAUUCGAGAUUCCUGUUCAAUAAGAAAGGCCAAGCUGAAUUUACUGGUAAAAGGUAUCGUUUAAGUGGCAUGAUAAUACCUGGCUUAAAAGAUUGGUUUGAAAACACCUUUGGAGCAAGUCUAGAACACAAAACACCACCCAAAUCCACAUUUGAUGCCAGUGCUCUCCAACCACCCAUUUUAAAUGAGGGCUUCAUGCAGGACCUUAAAGCUUCAGCCAUACCUUUUUCCCAUGAAGCAGAAGACAGGAUAUUUCGUGCUCAUGGCCAUUGCUUGCAUGAAAUCUUUGCUCUUCGUGAAGGAAAAUUUGGACGGAUUCCAGACCUUGUGGUAUGGCCAAAUUGCCACAACGAUGUGGUAAAAAUCGUGGAGCUGGCAUGCAAACACAGUGUUUGUGUAAUACCUUUUGGCGGAGGUACAAGUGUGUCAAGUGCCCUGGAGUGCCCUCCUGAAGAAAACAGGACUAUUGUUUCCUUGGAUACCUCCCAAAUGAAUCGAAUAUUGUGGAUUGAUGAGAAGAAUUUAACAGCGCAUGUUGAAGCUGGCAUUAUUGGACAGGAUCUGGAAAGACAGUUGAAUGAGAGUGGCUACUGCACGGGGCACGAGCCUGAUUCCAUGGAGUUCAGCUCGCUGGGAGGCUGGGUAGCGACUAGAGCAUCUGGCAUGAAGAAGAAUGUCUAUGGCAACAUUGAAGACCUAGUUGUCCACAUAAAAAUGGUGACACCUCGAGGGGUGGUAGAGAAGAGCUGUCAGGGCCCUCGCAUGUCGACCGGUCCCGACGUACAUCACUUCAUUUUGGGAUCUGAAGGAACCCUUGGUGUUGUCACUGAAGUCACGAUGAAGAUCAGGCCAGUCCCAGAGUAUCAGAAAUAUGGAUCGGUUGUCUUUCCCAAUUUUGAACAGGGAGUGGCUUGCUUGAGAGAGGUCGCAAAACAGAGAUGUGCACCUGCAUCCAUUCGACUAAUGGACAACUCACAGUUUCAGUUUGGACAUGCUCUGAAACCCCAAGUAUCUUCGAUUUUUACUUCUUUCUUGGAUGGUCUGAAAAAAUUCUAUAUCACAAAGUUCAAAGGAUUUGACCCAAACCAGUUGUGUGUGGCUACUCUGUUGUUUGAAGGUGAUCGGGAAAUGGUUCUUCAGCAUGAGAAACAGGUCUAUGACAUUGCAGCAAAGUUUGGAGGCCUGGCAGCUGGAGAGGACAAUGGGCAAAGGGGUUACAUGCUGACAUUUGUCAUUGCUUACCUUCGGGAUUUGGGAAUGGACUAUUAUGUGAUUGGUGAAUCAUUUGAGACAUCUGUACCCUGGGACAGGGUCCUGGAUCUCUGUAAUAAUGUCAAAGAGCGGAUUGUAAGAGAAUGCAAGGAGAGGGGAGUCCAGUUUCCCCCUUUGUCCACAUGCAGGGUAACGCAGACCUAUGACGCUGGUGCUUGCAUCUACUUCUAUUUUGCCUUCAACUACAGAGGAAUCAGUGAUCCCAUCGUUGUUUAUGACCAAAUUGAACAUGCUGCACGGGAUGAGAUACUUGCCAAUGGGGGAAGCCUCUCACAUCAUCAUGGAGUGGGCAAGCUACGCAAGCACUGGUUGCCGGAGACUAUCUCGGAUGUUGGCCUGGGAAUGCUGAAGUCUGUGAAGGAAUACUUGGACCCCGAUAACAUCUUUGGGAGCAGAAACCUCUUAUAAUUCUGCUGUUGUUUUUUUUUAACUACAGCAGAUGGUGUU